AUGGGAGACCUGCAGACCCAGGCAGGGGAGAGUAGAGCCCUGCGGCACAGGAGGCCCAGCCGCUCCUCCCCCACCACGUUGGCCCUCCAUGGAAGCCUUGCAUGUGACUAUGUUCUUCUUUCUUGGCUGCUGCGGCCUGCCAACCGCCACCCUCCUGCUCUCCCCUCUGCAGAUGCAGUGAGCUGGGCCCGAGGACAUCCCAGCCACCCUGACACACCACCCAACAUCUACGAGGGGGGGCUGGGGGCCCAGCAGCAGCAGUGCCCCAGCGCCCAGGGAAGCAAGCCCAAGAACUUCCGUCUGCGCCACCUCCGGGGCCUGGCUCUCUACCUGCCGGGCCACAUGCAGGCUGCUGGCCAGUGUGAGAGCCACUGGUUGGGCCAGCUCAUGGCCAGGGGCUGCCUCCCAUGGCCUGAGGGCAUGGCCUGGCCCCUAGACCUUCCACAGGGGACUCUGGGCCCAGGUAACAGCCACCGCUCAGCCCUUCUGGAAGCUCCAGUGCCCAGGGACAUCCUGGGAAAUACAGCUUCCAGUUCCAGCAAGGACCCAGCCAAGGGUGUCCUCUCCCAGCCUGGUCCCUCUGAAGUCUUGGGGCUCAGGCCCAAAAGGUCCUGGGGGCCCUCAGAGGAGUCCACAUGUCCCUUGUGCAAAAGAACCCGCUCUGGGGCUCUGGAGAGACCAUAG